CACAACUGCCAGCAAUAUGUUUUAAUCUGUUUCUCGCUUACUCCCUUUCCUAAUGCUGCAUUGGCAGCUGACCAUAUUGUCCAUAUCAAAUAUUGCCACAGAUGGUGACUUCUUCUACUUUACUUGAUUUUACUGAGGGACAUUAAAGGAAAGGAGAUGACAACAAAUGCAAGCCACUCUUUUAUUUUUGAUUUUUUUCCAUUUUUAUUUGUGAAAUAUUAUUUUGAAUCCAUGUAUUGUUCUGAUUCCACUACAAAUUUCUACAUUACUUUUUGUUUAUCUGCUGCUUAAAAUUCUAGUUACACAUUGAAAUUGAGAUCAACACACAUUUUAUAAUCUUUGCAUUCUCUAGGAAACCUACUUUAGUGCUUGGUGCAGAACAACUUUGAUUUGUUUAAUGUUACGAACAGAUACGUCAAAGAAAAUCAAACAUAUUUCUAGUCAUUUACUGCUUUUUAUUGGCAAUAUGUUCACCCUCUUUUAUUUCAAGAGCAGUAAUCUGCUUUUGCUUUCAGGGGUGUUCGCUGCUCCGUUUAUUAAUGAAGAAGCAGCUAAGAAGUUCAUCAGGUUGAAGAGACAGGUGGGAUACUGGGAUCCACACCACUCCCAGAACAUGUGGGGUUUCACCAUCCAGGAACAGGCCAACGAACACUGGACGGCGAUUCGAGACGGAGCUCAAUACUACAUGGACAUGAGCCACCUGAUGUUUGACCCCGCUGUGGCAGAUGAAAAUACCAGGCAGUUAAUGGAGAUGCUGCGAAACGCACAAGCUCACCUGGACAGCCAGACGGGCCGACACAGAUAGACAACCAUAGAGGGACUUUAUGAUGUGGACACAUAAUCACAACUUUUUAAAGGAUUUUGAUCCUACUAUAGAUCAUAGUGCAGAGAGUGCUUUACAGUUUAGUUUGUUGAAGAUAUACUUUUUAACAUUUUUAAACAGGAAAUUAGUUUUACAACAUUUUACUGAAAUGUGGCCAAAAUAUCUAAAAUGAAUUUUAUUUUUCAUCUAAUAAAACUUUGCGAGCAAACAAGCCUGUCCUUAUUUAU